AAUUUCCCAAAUUCAAAAACCCUCGCUCCGUUUCGUCCUCCUGUCCCGUUGUCUCUUUCCUUUCUCUGUGUCAGCCGUUUUAUUCUUCGAACGCAAAACCCUGUUCAAUUCCAAAACCCUCGCUGCUCAAUUCACCGCUUCUUUUAGACGCAUUUUCUUUGUUGGGUUGACUGAACAAAGAAUUCGCGUUGUCUGGGCGUCGUUCUGUUGCUCUUCAUUCGAUUGGCGUGUGGCGAUGGUAUCCGGCUCCAGAAUCGAAGGUGGGGAGGUACAAAUUCUAUCGGCGGGCGUCCGAAGGACCAUUCAAUCGAUUAAAGAAAUUGUGAGGAAUCACUCUGAUGCUGAUAUUUAUGUGGUGCUUAAAGAGACCAAUAUGGAUCCUAAUGAAACCACUCAAAAACUGCUCAAUCAAGAUCCUUUUCAUGAGGUGAAAAGAAAGAGGGACAAGAAGAAAGAGAAUCCAGAGCAUAAGAGACAUGUUGCUGCAGGACCUCAAAAAAUUUCUGCGCCGGUACUGUUACCACCAAAGUAUGUUACGCUUUCUGAUCAUAAUACACAAAAAGGUGUAUCUGGUCAAAAUGUAGCAUCUGGUAAGUCUCCUGGAAGUUUGUCAUUUUCCAGCCCUCGAAAAAUUACUGAGCCAGCACCGCUACCACCAAAGUAUGUUACGCAGUCUGAUCGUAAUACACAAAGGGGUGGAUCUGGUCGAAAUAUAGCAUCUGGAGCUACCCGUGAGUUCCGCAUUGUUCGAGACAACAGAGUUAAUAAUGGUGCUAAUGCAGAUUCGAAGGUUGCUCAGAACUCAACUUCCAAAAGCGAGGGGGUGAUCUCCAGUGGGUCCAUGAAGAGUAAUUCAACCGAAUCCUCUGGUCAUCAAAAGGCUCCCAGUAGUCAGAAUUCAUCUCAGGCUCUAAACAGUCGUGCCAAUUCACAAAGUAGGCAAAUGAAGGAUUCUACAUCUAGUGGUAAUGAUCACAGAGAAGUGCCUGGGGAGAGGCGUGUUCUGACUCCAAAUGCCGCUUCACAAGUGCAGACAAAAGCAAACAGCCCUCAAUUAAAUUCUACUCAUGCUUCAAGCACUUCUGUGGCAGGGGUUUAUUCCUCCUCCUCAGACCCUGUUCAUGUGCCUCCCCUUCAUUCCAAACCUGCUGCUAACAUCGGAACAAUCAGGCGGGAUGUUGGAGUUGUGGGACCGCGUCGUCUGUCAUCUGGAAACUCGAGUAAGCUUUCAUCGUCUCAAAAGACUUCUCUGCCCAAUACCCAUUCAGGACAAGUUGGCCACUCACCGGAGUUGAGAAAACCAUUCAAUGCCAUAUCUGAAAGUGACCAAUCCAGCCAAUUUGUGUCACCUGAGGCUGUUGCACUCGAUCCACCCGCAGGCCGGCCCCCUUCAAGUAACCAACAUAUUACUAGGACUUCACAAUUCACCAGUCAUCAUAAAGCUCCUCAGCCUAACAAGGAGUGGAAGCCAAAGUCAAGUCUAAAACCAAGCACCAAAGGUCCUGGGGUUAUUGGUGUUUCUGGAAAAUCUACUAUUCCUCCUCCAGAGAAUUCACUAGAUUUGAACAGGGAUUCAGCUCAAAUGCAAGAAGACCUAUUGCAAUUGAACAUAUCAGAGAGUCAAAAUGUAAUUAUAGCUCCACAUAUCCGGGUUUCUGAGACAGACAGAUGCCGAUUGACCUUUGGCAGCCUGGGUACUAAUUUAGAUGCUUCCAUGGAUUCAACUUGCAUAACUGAUGAGGGUGCAGAAUUGCUUACUGAACCUUCUCAAAGUGUUUCAGUCUCAGUCCCCGAAUUUUCCGGAAAUGAACCUGCUGGGGGCAAUCUGUUAGAGAUGGCGGAAGACCCUGUCCGAAUUUCAGGAUCUGAUUCUCCUUCCUCAGGUGCAGAACAUGAGAAUAAACCGAUUGAGAAGAAUCAGUCUUUGAGUCAGCAGAAUUCUGACAAUUAUGCAGAUGUUGGGUUGGUGCAAGAGAAUACCCAAUCAUACAAACCAGAAUCUCUUCAACAUCAGAAUCAUUCUGCGAUACCUACCUUAACAGACUAUGGCCAUCAGGUAGGUUAUGAAGUGUCAUACUUCCGCCCGAGUAUUGAAGAAACGGUUUCGGGUCUUCCAUCAUCUCAAGAGAUCCUGAAUUCGCACACAACAAACGUUAUUACUUCGACAGCAGUUGGAAUGGUACAACAGCAGCAACAACAACAGCAUCAUCAACAGCAGCAGCAGCAGCAAUUGGCCCAGAUGUACCCCCAACUUCAUGUUUCACAUUUCACAAAUCUCAUGCCAUAUCGCCAGUUUAUAUCUCCUGUCUAUGUUCCACCAAUGCCUGUGCCUGGUUACUCUAACAACCCUGCCUACCCUCAUCCUACCAAUGGUAGCAGUUACGUGUUGAUGCCUGGAAACAGCUCCCAUCUAACACCAAGUGGGAUGAAGUAUGGCAUCCAGCAAUACAAGCCUGUGCCUGCUGGCAGUCAGACUGGGUUUGCAAAUUACACCACUCCAACCGGCUAUGCAGUCAAUACACCUGGCGUUGUUGGUGGUGCAGUGGGACAUGAUGAUUCAUCUCGACUCAAGUAUAAAGAUACUCUUUAUGUCCCAAACCCUCAGGCUGAAACAUCGGAAGUCUGGAUGAGCCCCAGGGAACAUCCGGGUCUGCAGUCAGCUUCAUAUUACAACAUGCCGGCACCAACGCCACAUCCUGCUUAUUUGACGUCACAUGGCAGUCAUGCUUCCUUCAAUGCAGCUGCUCAAUCCUCUCACAUGCAGUUCCCGGGCAUGUACCAUCCUCCCCCACAACCUGCUCCAAUCGCAAGUCCUCACCACCUGGGCCCCACCCUUGGAAAUAAUGUUGGUGUCGGUGUGGCGCCUCCAGCUCCCGGAGCACAAGUGGGAGCCUAUCAGCAAACUCAACUGGGACAUUUUAAUUGGACAGGGAACUUCUAAAUGGUGUUUGUAGGAGCCUCAGAACCUGAGGAUCCGGCAUUAGCUAUAGGUAUUUCUAAUUUUGUCGUUACUACCUUGUGAAAAAAAUACUUUUUAAUUUUAAUCAAUACAUUGCAUCA